GAACUCGCAAAACUCGAAAACAAGAGCCCAGACGCUUUGCAGCUUUUCUAUUCUAGUGUCUGGAAAAUCCGCCGCCAAGAAGGUUCAGAAUAGAAGUUAAGAGGGAAGAACUCAGAUUCUCGUAGGAGAACUUAUCUGUGUUCUCUUUCUGUGUUUUCGGAAGAAUGGAGCGCAGUCUGUGGGGUCACUUGCCGCUGUUGGUGAUGUCAAAUUCGAAGGAUUCGGUGGAAUACAUUCUCCAAGCCCUUUGGAGAACCCGAAAGACCGGCCUCGACGCUGCCGACCGCCUGGUCAUCCGCGAAAUGCUCCAGCUUCAGCACGACUCCGACCUCGAUCCUCUUUUGGUAUGCCUUCGCAUGUUGAUCCGUAGGUGUGUUUACGAGAAUGUUAGGAAGGACGACAUUCAGAAACUUUUUCCCAGUGAAGUAUUGCCUGAACUUCAACGACUAUUGACGCUUCUGCUGCAAAAGUUUCAGCGAGAAUGGCGGGAAGAUUUGCUCAAGGAUCAGGUCUCUUUACCCCGGUUGAAGGCAAUGACAUGGAAUAUGGCAAAUCAGAAUACAGAAUCAGCAGACCCUAUGGCUGUUAUAAAUUUGAAGCUUCAAAACGAUGCACAGUCUCACUCAGGAGAAUUGGAUGUGAACUUCCAAUUAGCUAAAGAUACUCUAGAGAUGAUGCUGAGUUCCAUGUACUGUAUAAAAGACCAGUUGUCUGACAUGGAUGAGACCUCAAAUAGGCGUUCGUCCCAAGAAACCAAUGUGAUCUAAGUUUACGUAUGCAUGAGAUGCUGCUGUGCUACGCUUAUUCCAGUUGUAUUGCAGAUCAAACGCCAUGUUUUCAAUCAUGUCCAGACCAUGAACUGCUCAUGAAACUGAUGAAAGUUAGAACCGGCUUGUCACCCGCACCUCUUUAUGUAUGUAUCAAAGAUGAAGAUGAAUAUGUUUGCAGUACCAUCGUUUUGCAUUGGCCACAUGAAACAUUGUAAUUGUACAUAAUACAAUCUGGAUUCCAAUUCUUUAUGAAAACAUUUUCAUGCAAUCCUCUGAGAAAGUUAAUGGUC